GUUGUUUACAAACACCGGUCCGAUACCACGUUUACGAUAGCGGCGUGCGAAUCAUAUGACUGCAGUUCACAGCGGUCAGGUCAAACCGGUAGUUCACAUCUGCACAUGCCGUACACUACUGGCACUGCGGUUCUCAACAUUACAAGGACGCAGUUUAUAUCGCACUGUGCAUAAUAGCACAGCGUUUCCAUUGAAGCGGUUGCGAAAGACUCAGGAAUAAGACGAUGCAGGGGCUAAGGUGCAGUAUCGUGUUUCUCGCGGUGAUCCUGGUAUCCCAGAAGUCCACAGCGCUCAGUCCGAGUCGCGGCGGCCCGUUCCGUGCCAUGUUUCCCAGGGUGCACCAUGAUAUCCAGCAGGGUCAGGACUACGGCGACCCGCUCUUCCUCACUCCUUAUUUGGAACAGGGCAUGGCAGAGAAAGCCCGAACCCUUAGUGAGGUGCAUCUCCCCGGCACAUCAGUCAACAGCUUCUCCGGCUACCUGACUGUCAACAAAACCUACAGCAGUAACUUGUUCUUCUGGUUCUUCCCUGCUCUGUCGGACCCAGAGAAUGCACCAGUGCUCCUGUGGCUUCAGGGAGGGCCGGGUGGUACGGACAUGUACGGGCUCUUCACAGAGACGGGGCCCUUCUAUAUCACAGAGGACGCGCAGUUGAUGAGUCGAAAGGUGACCUGGGCUUCUUCUUACUCCAUGCUGUACAUUGACAACCCUGUCGGAACAGGAUUCAGUUUCACCAAGUCUGAUGCUGGAUUCUCCACAAAUCAGGAAGAAGUAGCUGAUAAUCUCUACAAUGCACUGCUGCAGUUUUACCAAAUCUAUCCAGAUUUCCAAAAGAGGGACUUCUAUGUCACUGGAGAGUCCUAUGCAGGAAAGUAUGUCCCAGCACUGAGCUACAAGAUCCACAUGGAGAACCCCACAGCCAAGUUCAAGAUCAACUUCAAAGGCAUGGCCAUCGGCGACGGGCUGUGUGAUCCCAUAAAUCAAUACCCCGCCCUGCCAAACUUCCUGUUCAACACUGGGCUGUGUGAUCAGAACCAGGCCGUGGCGGUCGGAGCAGCCGUGAACCUGCUGGUGACGCAGAUCAGCGAAAAGCUCUACACAGAAGCUUUUAAGACAUUUGAUGCUCUUCUGAACGGUGACCUGACUCCCUACCCUUCCUUCUUCUACAACAUCACUGGAGGGUCUAACUACUUCAACUACCUCAGGACUGUGGAGCCCCCAGAGCAGGAGUACUUCGGGAAGUACCUGGCCAAACCUGAGGUGAGGAAAGCCAUCCAUGUGGGGAACCUGACCUUCCACGAUGGGUCAGAUGUGGAGAAACAUCUGUUGAGUGAUGUCAUGCAGUCUGUCGCGCCCUGGAUAAUCACCAUUUUGGAUAACAACUACAAGGUAUUGAUGUACAAUGGUCAGCUUGACGUGAUUGUUGCGGGGCCUCUGACCCAAGCCUUCCUCCAGCGGCUUCAGUGGUCCAAACUGAAGCAGUACCAGAAGGCUGACAGGACGGUGUGGAAAAUUAACCCUUCAGACACCGAGGUGGCUGGCUUCGUCCGACAGGUGGAUAACUUCUACCAGGUGAUUGUCAAGGGUGGCGGCCAUAUUCUUCCGUUCGACCAACCAGAGCGGGCCUUCGACAUGAUUGACAGAUUUGUCUCCGGCAGAGGUUUCCAAUGACCAAUCAGAAAAGAGCUUUUAAUUGAUUGACAGUUUUU